UAAAGAUACUGUCUGUAAUUUUCUUUUUGCUAACAUUUGUCACGACCCUGGGAGAAAAGGAAACAGUUCAAAGCUGUAAGGACAUAUUACAGGGAUAUAUGACAGGACAGUUGUCGUCUGCUUUAGGGGCUUAUCAAGUGGAGGCUUUAAGGCGGGAAUUCAAAAGCUUUACUGAGACCAUGGAGCAAUCUAUGAAGAAUUUCAGGAAAGAAGUUAAUACAAGCGCUAUGAUUGAGGAGAAAGGUAACAGAAGCAUCGUUUACACAAGAUGGGGAAAGAAGACGUGUCCUUCCAAUGCACAGUUGGUUUAUUCGGGAUUAGCAGGCGGAUCAUGGUACGAUCACAGUGGUGCGGCCUCAGAUCCAUUAUGUUUACCUAGAGAUCCAGAGUGGGGGAUCUACAGGGAUGGAACUGAUGGCGAAAAGGGUUAUGUGUAUGGGGCAGAAUACCAAACAUUUGAUGUUAGUCAUUCGGCUUCGCUUCAUGACCAUGAUGUUCCUUGUGCUGUUUGUCUUGUAAAAGAUAGAUCUGUAGUUAGAUUGUUUCCAGGAAGAAGAACAUGCUACAAAGGGUGGAAUUUGGAGUAUGAGGGUUAUCUUAUGUCUGGGCGUUAUAAUCAAGCAGCAGCAACAGCAUAUAAGUGUGUAGACAAAAAUCCAGACAUCUUACACGGCGGUCGUCUUAACAAAAAUGGCUACUGUUUUUAUCAUGUCGAGGCUCGAUGUGGGUCCUUGAAAUGCCCGCCAUACGUUGAGGGGAGGGAACUCGUGUGCGCUGUUUGCUCUAAAUAA